UGCUGUCUGGGAGUUGGCAGGAUUAGCGUUCGUCACACAGGCAGAGCGACCAGAAGAAGACUAACGUACCGUAGAACAGACAUGUGAGGAUCAUGUUUGAGGACGUGUGAAGCCUGAUGGGGUCUGGAUCGAGUCAGACGCAAGAUUCAGUUUCAGAGCCCUCAGAGUCUCCACAGCCGAACACCGACUCCGACUCCGCCGAUGAUUCUCCUCGUCUUCCCUCCAUCCUGAUCACGGCUCCGUCUCGGGAGGACAUCCACGCCUCGCCGUCCAACAUCACCAUCGCCGACACCCUCAAGGAGCGGAGGCCCGGCUCCAGUCCGUUUGUAGUAGGAAAGAAACUGGUGACCACUCAGUAACUGGGAGCAGAGAAGAUUCAUUUACAGCAGAAACACUGAAACUGAAGAAUGAAACGAGUUCUAAUUUUCCACGAAGGACUCUAUGUGGGCUUCACAGACUCCAUCCAGAUGCAGAACAGCUGCAGCAGCAGAGUUUUUCCAAACUCCGGGAAACUUUUUUGUUGACCCGCAGUUCAAAACAUCCAAGAUGGCGACAGAUCCCUCUACACUGAGCUGCUGUCCGUCGAGUUAAACCCACAGCGGAUGUUUUGUCUGCUCUUCUGACUUAAAUAAACCAUAUUAAAUUCAAGAAUGGACACCGUCGGAGAGGACGAACCGGAUCCCAUAAAGCUGAAAUCUGUAAAGGACUACAAAACCUUCACAGUGCCUCAAAACGACCGGUUUGGGAGCUGCAGAAGCGUCAGAGAGUUUGAGAAACUGAACCGAAUCGGAGAAGGAACGUACGGCAUCGUCUACCGAGCCCGAGACACCAAGUCUGAUGAGAUCGUAGCGCUGAAGAAAGUCCGGAUGGACAAAGAGAAAGACGGGAUUCCCAUCAGCAGCCUCAGAGAAAUCACUCUGCUGCUGAGGCUCCGACAUCCAAACAUCGUGGAGCUGAAGGAGGUCGUAGUCGGCAGCCAGCUGGAGAGUCUGUUUCUGGUGAUGAGUUACUGUGAGCAGGAUUUGGCCAGUUUACUGGAAAACAUGCAGACGCCGUUUUCUGAGGCUCAGGUGAAGUGUAUUGUCCUGCAGCUGCUCAGAGGUUUGGAGUAUCUUCACCACAACUUCAUCAUACACAGGGACCUGAAGGUGUCUAAUCUGCUGAUGACAGACAAAGGCUGUGUGAAGAUCGCUGAUUUUGGCUUGGCUCGGAUGUACGGGAUUCCCCAGCAGCCCAUGACGCCUCGAGUGGUGACGCUGUGGUACAGAGCUCCAGAGCUCCUCCUGGGGACCAAAACCCAGACUACAGCCCUGGACAUGUGGGCUGUCGGCUGCAUCCUGGCUGAACUUCUGGCCCACAAGCCUUUGCUGCCGGGAACCUCAGAGAUCCAGCAGGUGGACCUGAUCGUCCAGCUGCUGGGGACGCCCAACGAAAACAUCUGGCCGGGUUUCUCUCAGCUGCCGCUCAUCGGUCAGUACAGUCUGAGGAAGCAGCCGUACAACAACCUGAAGAAUAAAUUCACCUGGUUGUCUGAUGCAGGACACCGACUGCUGAACCUGCUCUUCAUGUACAACCCACAGCGAAGAGCAACCGCCAAAGACUGUCUGGAGAGUUCCUACUUCAAGGAGAAACCUCUGCCCUGCGAACCGGAGCUGAUGCCGACGUUUCCUCACCAUCGCAACAAGAGAUCUGCUGCUCUGGCGGAGACUCACUCAAAAAGGAGCAAAGUGUGAAGAAGAACUGAUGGACUUUCUGCUGGUGGGAAACGGUCAGACUAACGAGGAGGUUUUACUGAACAGACGGUAAAAACUGAACGUCAAACUGAUGAACGUUUUGUUGGAUCGUCACCCAGAACUCUUAACUGUCGGCUCUAAUGUAAAUAUUUGAGGUUUUCUAAAGAUUCUGACAGACGUUUGGACCGUUGAAGAACACUGCAAAGAAACAGAAACAGUUCAGGCCUUAACUUGUAUUUUAUAUCUGAGUUAACGUCUUAUUUCAGCCACAAAAGAUGGAGGUUUCAUGAUUAUAGACUCAGAAAAACGAAAAAAAUACUGGUAAGAUAUGACUUCAUGAUUGCAAAAAAUAUCUCAUAGUUACAAAAAGAUGUAAUUGAUGGAAAAAAUGGCUCCUAAUUCCUUAAAAAGUUCUCAUAUUUUGGAUAAAAGAUCUAAUAAUUCCUAAUAAACAUCUCAUGAUACAGAGCAAAUUAUCUGAUGAUGAUGAGAAACUUUUUUAUGGUUACAUCAAAAGAUCUAAGUACAAACUUCUGUCUUGUAAUUAUCAACUCUGAUCUAAUAUUUACAGAAAAACUUCUAAGAAUUGUGAUAAAAGAUCUCAUGAUAAUGAGAAAUUCUCAUGAUUAUCAGAAUAAUCUCAUAAAUACGUGAAAAUGUCUCAUAUCUCAGUUAUAACAAAGAUCUCAUUCUGUAAAAAGUUCUCAUAUUUAUUAAAAAACGAUCUCAUAAGUGCAAACUUCUCUCAUAAUUAUAAACUUUGAUCUCAUAAUUACGAUCUCACAAUAACAAGAAAUGAUCUCAUGAUGAUGAGAAUCUCACAAUUACAAGAAAAAAAAUUUAGUUACUAUAAGAUGGAAUUUACAGAAACAAAUCUCAUAUUUAUGGAAAAAAUGUCUUAUGUGAAAAUAUUUCAUGAAUACAUGAAAAGUUCUCGUAUUUCGGAAGAAAUUUACAGAAAAUUCCCAAAGAAAAUGUGAAUUUAUGCCAAUUUUCUUUCACUACAGUUAAUGAUCAGAGACAGCAGGUGGCGCUAAAUCUCCAGUUGGUCGUAUUAGACGUAGAAGAAGAAAUUUAAGCUAAAUAAGAUAAUUGCUGAUUUUUUUUUUCAUCUCAUCAUUUUUUUGUUGCAUUUUGCUCUUUAGAUUUACAAGUUAAGGCCUGUAUUGCUUCUUUUUCUGGAGUGUUUCUUCAGGUUACAGUUCUGCUCGCUUUAGAUGUUCUGUGUCCAGGAAUCGGAUCCAUUUUAACCAUUUUAGAUAAAUGAACGUAGAAAAAUCUGCCUUGAAAGCGUUUUGGUGCAAAGAAGAUCUCAGGUUUGAUCCUCACAGUUCUGUCAAAGUGUCCUUGAGGCAAAAUACUGAACCGCUGAGCUGCUUCGUAGAUGUUAAAGGGACAGUUUGACAUUUUGGGAACAUUUUCUUUAAGAUAAAAGGGUAAAAUAAGUGUAAAACAAACUCAAAUAUAGCUUUUUGUACGGGUAUUUUUACCCCAAAGCUUUAUGUUAAGCUAAAAUGCUAGCUGGAGCUUCAUGUUUACUGCACAGAUUUACUGUUUGUCGAUUUUCUUCUAAAACUCCAAAAUCUAACAAGAAUAUUUCCCAAACUGUUGAACUUUUCCUUUAAGAGCUUCUAACUAUUGAAAGUUUCUUGAAACGUUAGCCUCCGAACAUGUUCAAAUCAUGGAAUAAAACCGGUCAAAGCAGCA